CAGCUCAACACCGUGCCUCUUGUAAGCUUUCUGAAUACGCGUAUGUAAUAAUUUUAUUUUGUAAUAUCUUUUGAUAUACGUAUGACAAAUAAUAUGUAUUUCGUAGUAAAAUUAGAGUAUGUAGUUUCUUAGUUUAUACUUAAGUGCACUUACAGUGUUACAUAAAUAGUAGAGUGGUAAUUGAGUCGGCAAUCCAUGUCUACAACAAUACGUCAGUAAAUUAAUGUUGGCUGAUAGAUAAUGGAUGUGGAUACUCCUAACAUAUUGAAGAGGUGUAGUAGUGCACCUUUGAUCAAUGAGGCUGCAUCAACGACAGCAACUUCACCUACGACCAGUACUGCACCCAGGAGUACAUCAUUUUUCGGAAUGUUCUCCAAUAACAGCCUCCCUCGGACGCGUAGCAACAGCAUCAGUUGCAGCCCACUUUCAGCGGCGAUUAAUAUACCAGGAUCGUGUGCGCGGCGUUUAACACCCAGAGUGAAUCAACUGCGUGCUGAAGAAUGUGCUGAUGUCAGCAAUCAGCGUGAAGUUGCGCACGAGCGUGAAGUGCACAGUGCAAUGCAAAUGGGACAAUCAUAUGAAGACCUUACUCUUGUCGGUGGACCGGCUAAUUCACCUACACGGGUGCCUAGGUUUUCCACAGUGGUAUCCCCAUCGCCGCCACGGAAAUACACGACUCGCCGCAGUUUAUCCCCGAACCCCAUCAGAGCGUCGAGUUUCAGCCCCAUCCGGCCCAAUGCACUCAUUGGCAAACGGCGCUGCGACGACGGAGAGCAGUCGCUGUCGAAACGAAUGUGUACCGACCGGUUAACGCCAUCUACUCCCGGAACACCAGAUUCAGACUCCUCCGAGUGCACCUUCCGACCGGUCUCUCCCCGGGGCCAGCCCAUGAGUGAAUCGGAGCACACAAAUCAUAAAGCGAGCCCUAGCUAAUACCUGAUAGGACAACUUAUGGUUUUAUUGGAAAGGUCUCUAUGCAAAGGUAGAACCAUAAACUUCCGAUGGGUCGGUACUGUAGCUUUAGAAACUUUGAUAGGACUCUGACGAGUGCAAUACUGGAAGAUCGACCUUGGGGAAAUUUGGAGGCCUAGAUGGUUUGUGAACGUUCUGGUGCAUUUGAUGGUGAAUUGAAGUCGUGAUAUAUAUUCGGAAACAUUAAGAAAUAACUGAUAAAUUUGAAUUCUGUUUGAGAUUCAAAGUCGAAUGAGAUAUAUGGUGAACGGCAAAACGAAAACAAUUGUCUCGGUUAAAAACUCAUAUCGCAUCAAUUAACCUCUUGUGGCGUUAAGUUCCUAAUAAAUGUAGUAGGAAUGCAAGCGAGUGCCCAUUUAUAGCCAAAGCAUCAAAAACUUUAUUGUACAUAUAUAAAGCGUGUACAUAGCGGUAGUUUUAAGGAUUAUAGCCAUUAUUUAAGUUGUUUUUUUUUUUGGGCCAAUUCGCUCAUGUCAUCCCGCCUUUCCAUAUAGAUAUAUGGCGCUUGUAAUGGAAAACUUUCGGCAGCUUUCGAAUAAAACUUGCCGUGCACUCGAGUACGCGGAUCGUAUACGCGUAUACGUUUGGAAUACGCAUACGCGUAUACGUUUGGAAUAUGCGUACGCGUAUACGUUUGGAAUACGCGUACACGUAUACGCGUAACGUUGUGUAGGAGUGAUAGUCUUGUAAUUAAAACUGGAUUAAAAACUAACCAGUGACCGGCAAUUAUAUUUUAAUUGCUAUAUGAAAUAUUGAAAAUUAGACAAUAAAAUUAAUGUACUGAUGCAUAAGCAUUUAAAAUUGUAGUUAUUGAAAUUACUGUUUUUGUCAAAUAUCUGACAUUUCAAUACGAGACAAGAAUAAUAUGAUGUAACCGUAUUAUUUCAAUUUGGAAUUUUGAGUGUUUUUUUUUUAAUUUGAACUAUCGCUUGCCCCGGGGAACAAAGUCGUAAAAACAAAUUUCAAAAAUUUGUAGAUAUGUAUUUAGUGUAAAUAGUGUUGUUCACUAAAAAACUUAACUGAUAGUGGGAAAUCGGUAGAAAAUUGUUAACGAAACACAGUAAAUUUACAAAACAUAAUUAAAAUCGUCGAGUACAUUUACGAAGUCCCUUAACAAUCAAAUUGCUCACCUGUGGGACUCGGGCCCCAAGUUGGGAAACUGCUCUAUCCAUUACAUAGAAUAAAUAGUAAAAUUCUCUAAUUUCCAUAGAAUCAAGAUAUCUCCUGGUUUUUGUUAUAGUGACGUCACCCAAGGAAGUCAAAAAUGAGAAAACAUUAAAACAGGCGUAAUACUCCUUUAUGACUUUUCCCCGGGGCAAGCGAUAAUGACACAAUAUUUUUUUUCUAUAUUAAAAAAAUCUUAGAUGUUAUAUAUAAGGAAGCGUUCGAGUAUUACAUCACGCUAUUUCUGGAGAUUCUUGACCCCCCCCCCAUGUAACGCGCCGUAACGUUGUCUGUAUCCAAUAGUAAAACGUUUCGUGGCCAA